UCUUUUCAUUGAUGUUCAACUAAUUCGAAUCUCGCAUUGCAAAAUCUACUUUUAAGAUAAUUCUUUCAAUAAAAUUACAUUUAAUUGUCCUAUCACUAUACCAUAAUCCAUGUUGUCCAAAGGAGAAAUACAAAAACAUACGAUAAAACUAUUUGCUAUUUUUUAUCUAAUGUAAAAGGAAAAACAGUUGGACGGUUCACCCACCAUACCAAUUUUCCUUUUUCCCCGCCCCACACCAGAGCCGGUCCAUUCAAUUUAUUCUAUUUAUAACUCCUUCCCACCAUUAACAAUUUUCCAUCACUCUUAAUUUCCCUCACUUCACUAUUUUCUCUCAAUUCACAAUUGCCAUGGCUUCCAAUACCGAAGAAGCAGCAGUUGAUAUGUCCCCCUUUUUCAUUCUCUACAAAGAUGGGAGCAUCAAUAGAUUACGUCCAGAUGUUAAUGCACCUCUCUGUGACGAUCCACAAGCUCCUGUUAGAUCAAAGGAUGUCGUAAUUCAACCCGAAACAGGAGUUUCCGCACGUUUAUUUCUCCCAAAAAUAACCGAUCCAAACCGAAAACUCCCCCUUGUGAUUUACAUUCAUGGCGGGGCUUUCUGUAUUGGAUCUCCACGUUCCAUUGUUUUCCAUAGUUUCAUUAGCACUUUAGUCGAAAAGGCUAAUUUUAUUGCUGUUUCUGUUGAUUAUAGACUUGCCCCUGAACACCCUUUUUCAGCUACGUAUGAGGAUUCGUGGGCAGCAUUUGAAUGGGUAAUUUCACAUGUUAAUGGAAAAGGUUCAGAUUCAUGGCUAAAUGAUCACGCUGAUUUUAGUAAAAUUUUUGUUGGUGGAGAGAGUGCCGGAGGAAAUAUUACUAAUGAUGUUGCCGUUCGAGCAGGGGUCGCCAAUCUUGAUUCGAGUAUAAAAAUUAUAGGAAUAUUUUUGGUUCAUCCAUAUUUCGGGAUCGAAAAUGAUCUGUUGUACAAGGCUUUGAAUCCGACAAUAGCUGAUAAAUAUUCUGAAGAUCCGAGGUUAAAUCCUUUGAUCGAUCCGAGGUUAAAGUCCAUGGCGUGUAAGAAAGUUUUGUUUUUCGUGGCGGAGAAUGAUCCUCUGAAGAAAGGGGCAAUGGAUUAUUACGAGGGGUUGAAGAAGAGUGAAUGGAAAGGAGAAGUGGAUAUAAUGGAGACGAAAGGGGAAGGCCAUUGUUUUCAUUUCUUCAAUCCAAUGUCUGAGAAAGCUGUUGCUAUUGUGGAUAAACUAGUUGGUUUCUUGAAGCAAGGGUACUAGGUUUUGUUUUAAGGUUAUUUUAGACUGAAUUCUGGUGCUUUAGUAGUUACAUUUAAAUAAGAUGAACAUGUUUUUAUGAGCAUCAGUAUUGAUUUUGUGGUUCUUGUAAUUUGAAUUUUUGAGAUCUAGCAGUAUAUUUAAGACCAAAAAAUAGCUCAUCUGUUUCCUUGUUCCUUCUGGGGAGUAUAAAUCACUGACUACAACAUGUACGAGCUUUGUUUAAGUGACUGUUUCUCUUGCCA